UCUACUUUCGCGUUCUGUAUCCAACCCCCUUCGUCAAUCAUCGCCGGACCAUCUCCACAUCACAACCUACAGACACUCACACAACUACGACUAACAGAAACAAUGGCAGCACGCAACCCAUCCACGAUCAACACAAGCGUAAAGCUGACCCACACUUUUAUAAUUCUCCACGACAAUGGGUCUAAUUCCGAGAAGCUACUCGCGGCCCUGAAUGAAAUCACAUCCAAGGGACAUCUCCAGCAUGUCCGCUUCGUCCUCCCCAACGCAAAGUAUCCCGUCACCGGUCCCGACGGUGAGACUGUCGGCUAUACCUGGUUCCCGCUCGGUGAUUCAGAUCCGCAAGCUCGGGGUGCAUCGGUGGAUGAGGUAUGGCCAGGCGUGGGACGGGUAGCAGCAGUGAUAGACCAGAUUGUCAUGGCUGAGGCGGAGGAUGUGGGCAUGGAAAAUGUCUUUUUGGGAGGCAUUGGUAUGGGCGCCGUGGUUGGUUUGGCGACAUUGCUACGGCUGUGGACGACGACGCCUCUGGGAGGAUUCCUUGGAGUGGGCGGAUGGAUGCCAUUUAUAGACGACCUGUCCGCCGUUGGUAAUUUCGGUAGGACCCGCCUUGGUGUCACUAUCGAGGGUAUCAACUGUGACGGGAGAGAGCCCGCCGACUACACCGCCCGGAUAGCUCAUUUCCUUCGCUACUUGGUCAAGGAGACGCGCCCGCAGGACAGCUCACAGACGAGCAUCAACACCCCCGUGUUGUUAGUAAACGCCUACGACGAUGGUUACCAGCCAUGUGCUCGAUCGAGUGAAGCAGCGGCGUUUCUGACGUCUCUGGGCUAUCACGGCACCACCCUGAUCCUACCGAGUGACGACGACGAGGCCAUGCAGUUCAUGCUGCAGGAUUUAGUCCGCAUCUUUCUGGAAGAACCAAGCCAGGCACUUGAACUGACCCAAGGUGUCAUGGAUGUUAUCCAUAUGAUGAUUGGGGCCGGAGAAUAUAAGAGUGUGAGCGUGAAGGAAUGA